AUGUUUCCGGGUGUUGCUGUGGUCACUGGUGCUGGGGGAACAGGAAUCGGUGCUGCGACGGCAAAGGCUUUUGCUGCUGCUGGAUGUGAGAGGAUCGCGAUUACAGACCUGAAUGAAGAUUCCUUGCGGCAAACAGCGGAGACCAUCGAGUCAACCUACCCUAACACCAAGCUUCUGGUCAAAGCGGGUAACGUUGCAGACAACCAUUUUGCAGACACAUUCAUUCAAGAGGUGGUCACAUUAUUUGGUCGAGUAGACUAUGCUGUAAACUGUGCAGGGGUACUUGGGAAACCCUUGCGAUCCGCGGAGACCAGUCUUGAGGAAUUUGACCGCGUAAACAAUAUCAACUAUCGAGGCUGUUGGCUUUCAUCGCGAGCCGAGCUCAGGCAGAUGAGUUCGCAGGAUGGCCUCCCUAGUCAUGACCCGGCCCGACCACCACAAAGGGGCUCUGUGGUCAAUGUUGCCAGUCAACUGGGGAUUGUCAGUCGCCCCGGUGCUCCUGCGUACUGUGGAUCAAAAUCGGCUGUUAUUGGUUUGACACGCGCCGAUGCAAUCGAUUAUUCAAAAGAUAAUAUCAGAGUCAACUGCGUCUGUCCUGGUGUCAUUGAGACUCCGUUGGUGAUGGAGAAACCCGAGGUUCGUGCGGCUAUCAUGCCGGCGGUGGAAACUGCGCCGAUGAAGAGAAUGGGGCAGCCUGCAGAAGUCGCCGACGCUAUCCUGUUCCUGUGCUCUACUCAGGCAUCAUUUGUACAGGGUCAUGCUAUGGUGGUAGAUGGCGGAUAUGUCACUGUCUAA